GUCGCUUAAAAGCUGAAAUACAAAACACAAAUCCCACCAAAACGGUGUCGCGAGAUGUGAACAACGUUGAAGAAGAAUUAAUUUGGCGCACUGCUUCUUACAUUAUUAUAUUCUCCGUGAUCCGUUUCCCGACGACAUAAUUUAUUUUGCUGUAAUCUGAAAAAAUCCAAAAUCGAAACCUGAAAGAAAGGAAAAUCGCAGACAAGUGAAGGAAGAAGAAGAAGAAGAAGAUGUGGAGACGCGUGGCUUUACUUUCUCCGAUGAUUUCUUCAUCAUCAUCGAGAUCCCUUACGCUCAACCAGGCAGCUUUUGGUCUCAAAGUUGGGGAAUCUUUUGCAACAGACGCAGUUAAUCCGGAAGAACGAGAUUUGCCGCCGAAAGAGAAAGCUCCGUUCAUUACAUUUGUACUAGGAGGUCCUGGAAGUGGAAAAGGCACACAAUGCGAAAAGAUCGUUGAGACUUUUGGUUUACAACAUCUUAGUGCUGGAGAUUUGCUCAGGAGAGAAAUUGCAAUGAACACUAAAAAUGGGGAUAUGAUUCUGAACUUGAUUAAAGAUGGGAAAAUUGUUCCCUCAGAAGUUACAGUCAAACUAAUACAGAGAGAGCUGGAAUCCAGUGACAGUCGCAAGUUUCUCAUUGAUGGUUUUCCACGAACUGAGGAGAACCGCGUUGCAUUUGAGCGCAUAAUAAGAGCAGACCCUGAUGUCGUACUGUUCUUCGAUUGCCCCGAAGAAGAGAUGGUGACACGCGUCUUGAACCGUAAUCAGGGCCGGAUUGAUGAUAAUAUAACUACAAUGAAGAAGCGUCUGAAAAUCUUUAACGGCUUGAAUCGUCCUGUUAUUGACUACUACAAAAAUAAAGGAAAACUUUACACUAUUAAUGCAGUAGGAACAGUAGAUGACAUAUUCCAACAACACGUUCUACCUAUUUUCAGUUCAUUUGAGCAAUUGAAAAAGGAGAGUCGGCAUGUAAUUCAAAAGUCCACUAUCGGUUCAAGUUUGGUAGAAAAUUCUUCCUGAAAAUUUGUUCACUACUCUUGAAUUUUUGAUGCACUAUGCAAAUACGCAUUGCAUCGUUUUGUUUGUACUAUCAUCAUCAUAAGGUUCAAAAGAAAAACAAAGAAAAUGUAACUUUUAUUAACAUCUAUUAAUAUAUAUAUUUUACAUAAGCUCUCUGCUUCCCUCCAUA